GAAAAGGGCAUUGAUUUGAAUUCAUAAUCAAUAGACAAAAAAACUGGACAGGAAUUGAUUUGUGAAAACACCAGGUCUGAGAACUCGAUCGACUUCCAUCAGGUACAUCCAGUCUGCAAAAGAAGAAGAAGCAAGUUUCAUGUGGUUUAAACAUGAAGGGACUAUUUAAUUCAUUGUUUAAAACUUGAGGAACUAAUUUAUAACUUGAGGAGUGGCAGAAUUACACUCCUAAUUUCCCUCCGAACGUAUCCAGUUCAUCAUCGUCAUCGAUGGCAGCAGCUACAAAUUCCAUCCUCCUCAAACUCAAACCCAAAAUAAAAAUAAAAAUCUGCAAUCCACUUUUUGGCUAUCCUCGCAGUAAUAGUAGUGCUUCACCCUCUAUCCCACACUUGUUCUCCACAACAACACUCCCAUAUGCAGAUGCUGAUUCUGAUUGUUCAAGCGAGAUUAAAGCCACCGCAGACGCAAACCCUAACUUCAUUCACCCCUCCGCCGACGUCCACCCUAACGCUAUCAUUGGCCACGGUGUUUCAGUUGGUCCAUUUUGCACAAUCGGGUCUUCAGUAAAGCUUGGAAAUGGAUGUCGAUUAUAUCCUGGAAGCCAUGUUUUCGGAAAUACUGAGAUUGGGGAUCACUGUCUUUUGAUGCCUGGAGCUGUGGUUGGUGAUCAUCUUCCUGGACGUACAGUUUUGGGAUGCAAUAAUGUUAUCGGUCAUCAUGCUGUCAUCGGUGUCAAAUGCCAGGAUUUGAAAUACAAGCCAGGGGAUGAAUGUUUUCUUCACAUUGGAGACAAUAACGAGAUUAGAGAACAUACUUCAAUUCACCGAUCUUCAAAAUCAAGUGAUAAAACGGUUAUUGGUGAUAACAAUCUUAUCAUGGGCUCCUGUCAUAUUGCUCAUGACUGCAAUAUUGGCAACAAUAACAUUUUUGCUAACAAUACUCUUCUAGCAGGCCAUGUUGUUGUGGAAGAUUACACUCACACUGCUGGAGCCAUUGUUGUUCAUCAAUUUUGCCAUAUUGGUUCCUUUUCUUUUGUUGGUGGUGGAUCUGUGGUUUCACAAGAUGUCCCAAAGUACACGAUGGUGGUUGGAGAAAGAGCCGAGCUUCGCGGUUUGAAUUUGGAAGGUCUUCGGCGUAAUGGAUUCACAGCCACAGAGAUUAAGAGUUUGAGAACAGCUUACAGAAACAUAUUCAUGCCUGUUGAUUCUAAUUCUACAAGUUUUGAAGAACGCAUUACCAAAGUGGAAGAGGACAAAGAACUGGGUAAGAUAACUGCUGUAUGUACCAUGAUACAGUCUCUUCGUGAUUCUUUUGCUCAAAAUCGCCGUGGAAUAUGCAAGUUCAGAUAUUUCAGUGGCUCUUGAAGCCUUUUAAUAUGAAUUGUUUGGACAUCUUACCUCUGCAGAUUAACUACUGUUGUACUCUCAAGCCGGUAAAGACUUGAUUUUAGUAUGAAAACAGAGAACCGUGCCGAGCUUCUUGAGGUAUACAUUGUUACAUGGACUUAAUUUUUAGAAGUAAUAGCUGUAGAUUUUAAAUGUACCAAGGAGAAGGUGCAGGCUCAGAACAUUAGGCAGAAUACACUGAAGAAUUUUGUGUAUUUUUUGAAGGAAACAUGUUUGUGAUUUAUUUCACACCACGAGGUAUUCUGAUCAUAUUGAGUUGUUAAGACUAUGAAGUUAUGCAUUAUUUGAAGAAGCUCACUGAUUCUUCCUGGUUAAUAGAGAAAAAUUGCUGUUCCA